UUCUCGUCGAUAGGGUUUGCGGGCGAUCGCAUGGCGGUGGAGGAGGAGGAAGAGCGCAAUGCUGGUGGCGCCGGUCCCAGCCGGAUCACAGGUAUCGCUACGGAUUUGAGGAAACGAGGAGCCGGCGGGAUCGGAGGCGACGACGAUCAGCGCAAGAAGCCGAAGAUCGAGGACAUGCCCGCCGAUUUUCUCGAUUUUCUGCCCAACGCGAACGAUGCCUCCCCGGAAGAUGACGCCGUCGUCAGUGCCCCGCGGCCGAAUCGCUGUCGCCAGUUUUGGAAGGCUGGAGAUUACGACGGUUCCGGCGCGCAAACAAUGCCAGCUAGCAUGGAUCACGUACGCAUGCAUCCAAAGUUCCUCCAUUCCAAUGCAACAAGCCACAAGUGGGCUCUCGGCGCCAUAGCGGAGCUGCUGGACAAUGCGCUCGAUGAGGCUCAAAAUGGAGCGACGUUUGUCAACAUCAACGUUCUCAAGAAUCCGGUUGAUGGCUCGCCGAUGCUUCUCUUUGAAGAUAACGGCGGAGGAAUGACCCAGGAGCGUUUGCGAGAAUGCAUGUCCUUUGGGUACUCUGCGAAGGAUAAAGCCGCUAACAUGAUUGGACAAUAUGGAAACGGUUUUAAGACGAGUACCAUGCGCCUGGGUGCUGAUGUCAUCGUUUUUUCGAAAUCGAAUGCAAAGAGAGGCGGCAGGCCUACACGGAGUGUCGGGUUCCUCUCCUACAGUUUCCUGCGUGACACAAUGCAGCAGGACAUCAUAGUUCCUACGCUGGAUUACGAAGAGCACGGGGGUGAGCUGAAAGAGGUCCAACGAGGCACACAUCAGGAUUGGAAAUAUCGCAUGGACGCGAUCACGAAAUGGAGUCCUUAUCAGUCUGAAGAAUCGAUUCGCAGCCAAUUCAAGAAAAUUAAGGGCCAAGGUACUAGAAUCAUUAUCUACAAUCUCUGGGAGGAUGAGCAGCAGCGGCUGGAACUAGACUUUGAAUCAGAUCCUCAAGACAUUCAAAUUAGGGGCGGCCGUGAUGAUUCUCAACGUGAUAUGGCGGAAAAAUAUCCCAGUGCGAAGCACUUCUUUUUGUACCAAAAUUCUCUCAGGAUAUAUGCUUCGAUUUUGUACUUGCAUCUGCCAAAGAACUUCAAGAUCACCCUUCGAAACCAGGAGAUCAAACACCAUAAUAUCCUGAGCGACGUAAUGCACAUUGAGGAGCUUGUUUACAAGCCUCAAAAGGAUGGACAAAACGGGGUAAACAUGUCUGCAAAAGUACACCUCGGUUUUCUAAAGGAUGCCCGUGAACACAUAGAUGUGCAAGGAUUCAAUGUCUAUCACAAAAAUCGGCUUAUAAAGCCAUUCUGGAGAAUAUGGAAUUCGUCGAGCAGUCAAGGACGAGGUGUCAUUGGAGUUUUGGAGGCAAAUUUUGUGGAACCUGCUCAUGACAAACAAGGAUUUGAAAGGACACCCGUUCUUCAACGACUUGAGCAUCGGCUGCAACUUAUGCAGAAGAAAUUCUGGAAUAACAACUGCCAGAAGGUGGGAUAUCAGGGACCUCCUGCUACUGGUUCUGCUACCAAGAAAAGGAAGACGAUGCAUGAGGACGAGAUUUUAUAUCGACCACGGAGAGCUGAUCGUCUCCAAGACAAAGCCAUCAGGAGUUCUAGAAGAUGCUCAUCAUCAUCCUCGGAAGUUUCAGACGAUGAAGAUGAGAGGCCAGUGAAAGAAGCUUUUCCUCGAAAGGCCAAGAUACAGGCAAAGAAGGCCUUCAGGGAUCCAAAUGCUGUCGAUGAAGUGGACGUUGGAAGCCGGUUUGCGAAGCCAAAGGAAACAAUCCCAUCAAAACCAAAGCCAGUUCCCCAUGUCCCAUCCAAAUCUAAGGAAUCUGCUGUAGCUGUAGUACCAGUAGCGACAGCAAAGGACUCUCUGAUACUCGAUGACUUUGAAGCUGAGGAACAGGUCGAACCAACGGAUCAUCAGCUGAGGGAGCUAGAGGAAGAGACGAACGUUUUAGCUACCCGAAUGGAGAGGCUGGAGGAAGCCGGAAAUGCACAGCUAGAAGUAGGGGUUGCUCGAACACAGGAGCUGGAAGAAACGGUUCAUCGGCUUGAAAUGGAGUUAGCUUUUGUACAGAAUGGGCUGCUAGAGGAGUGCAACAAAUACAAGCGAGAGCUCGAGGAAGAGAAGAAGCAGCGCGUCCUUGAUGAUGCUGAAAUCAGGAAGAAGCUCAAGACACUGGAGAGCGAGAAGAAAAUCCUGGAGAAGGAGAACAAGUGUCUCCGGGAGAAACUUGGAUUGAAAGUAGAUGCUAUAAUUAGUUAAUAUAUGGUUUUCUGUUUUUCUAUA